AUGGCGCAACCAGGCCGAGGAGGGGAGGAGGGCGCUGGAAUGGCGGAGGUGGAGGGGCAGCGGCAUGAGCGACGGAGGAACGGCGACGGCGGCCGGGACGAGGCGUGGCGGCGGUGGGCGAUGCUGGCGGCGACGGUGUGGAUCCAGGCGCUGACGGGGACCAACUUCGACUUCUCGGCCUACUCGUCGGCGCUGAAAUCCUCGCUGGGUGUCUCCCAGGAGGCGCUCAACUACCUGGCCACGGCGUCGGACCUGGGCAAGGCGCUGGGGUGGUCGUCGGGCCUGGCGCUGCUCCACAUGCCGCUCCACGCCGUGCUCAUGGUCUCCGCCGCCAUGGGGCUCGCCGCCUACGCCGUGCAGUACUACUGCCUGGUCGCGUCCGUCGCCGUCCCCUACCCUCUGGUGUUCUUGGUCUGCUUGAUAGCAGGGUGCAGCAUCUGCUGGUUCAACACAGUAUGCUUUGUUCUCUGCAUACGCAGCUUCUCUGCAAACAACCGCUCCCUGGCCCUCUCCCUAUCAAUAAGCUUCAACGGGCUCAGCGCUGCCUUCUACACUCUCUUUGCGAAUGCCCUAUCCCCUUCCUCCCCAGCUGUAUACCUCCUCCUCAAUGCAAUCCUCCCUUUUGGUGUCUCUAUUCUUGCACUCCCAGCAAUCCUCCUCUGCCACACAAAUGACAGCCACCUCCAAAGUGCCAUGGUCCUCCUCGCCCUUCCUCUCAUCAUCCCUGCCUGCUCCAGUUGCUCAUAUGUGGAUACAGAUGGCCCUGACCCUGCAUCGCCACUAAACCAUGAUGAUCCACAUAAGCCACUCCUAAUCAGUAACAAUCAUCAGAUGGAGUCCAAUGCGAUGGUGCAAAAACCAAUGGAGCACAGGACGCAGGGCAAUUGUUGUGGAACAAUAGUGGGCAGGGCCACCUGGCGGCGCUUCGGUGAAGAACAUAGUGCAAAGAAGCUCAUUCGGUGUGUGGACUUCUGGCUCUACUACACAGCCUACUUCUGUGGAGCCACUGUUGGCCUGGUAUACAGCAACAACUUGGGGCAGAUUGCGCAGUCAUUACAACAGCAGUCACAGCUCACCAUGCUACUUGCUGUCUACUCAUCCUGCUCCUUCUUCGGUCGUCUUCUUUCUGCACUACCUGACAUCCUUCACAGGAAGGUGUCACUUGCUCGCACAGGGUGGCUUGCUGCUGCAUUGGUCCCAAUGCCAAUGGCCUUUUUCCUUAUGUGGAACCAACAAGAUGCAAGCACCCUGGUAGCAGGAACAGCACUAGUUGGCCUAAGCUCAGGGUUCAUCUUUGCUGCAGCAGUGUCAGUGACCUCCGAGCUCUUUGGACCAAAUAGCGUCGGGGUGAAUCACAACAUCCUAAUCACCAAUAUCCCACUGGGCUCACUCCUCUAUGGCCAGAUUGCUGCCAUGGUAUACGAUGGAAAUGGCCAAAAGAUGACAGUAAUGGAUAACAGCACUGGCACUGUUGACACCAUGAUUGUGUGCAUGGGGAUGAAGUGCUACUCAACCACCUUCUUCCUGUGGGCUUGCAUCACAUUUCUGGGGUUAGCAUCAAGCAUAGUUCUAUUCAUACGAACAAAACCAGCUUAUGCUGCUGCUGCUAGCCGGUCAAGUUGUAAGAACCUUCACCAAGUUUCCAGUUAA